AUGGCAUGGACGUGGUAUUUUUUUUCCUUGCAACAUACCGAUUUAGGUCCAGCGGAUUGGCGUUUGGAGGAUAUGCUGGAUGGGCAGUCGGUAUUCAACGCCCAGAGUAUUCAAAAUGCACAAAUGCGGAUUGCCAACGAUGCGAGUUUGAGUGCUGCACAAAUAGCUCGCGCUCGUGAACUUCUUCAGGAACUGCUAUUCACAAUCACCGUGAAACCGGAGCAUAUGCCACUGAAUGGAGGUGCGGAAAUGCCAGAAGCUCGUCGUAUGGGUAGCGGUGGUGACGGGCAUCGCUUUGGUACUGAGGAUGAAAAACGUCCAAAUUUUACCGAUCGUUGGACUUCCGAAUAUCCCCCUUCUGAGAUUUUACCGCCAUAUUCACCCAUUCACCAACAAGCAAUGGGACCAGUUCCAGCACGUGAACGUGAUUUUCCACGUACUCAGAAUCCGCCUGCAACAUCACCUUGGCCUACGGAUUCAUCAGCUGCAGCUGGAUAUCAUCCACAGCGAGAACCCGUGGAACCAGAAAAGGGUCGACCGGAUAUAAGUUUGGAUGCUGGAAAGCGCGAGAUGGAGACCCGGCCGAGACAUUUUGAUGGCAGAGGUAUGGCUGGUCGAGGUGAGAUUGGUCGUCCUUUUGGAGAGAUAGCGAUCUCACGUUGCAUGCAAGUUUUUGAAGCGGGCGGCCUAGUCGUUGUGCCAACGGACACCUUAUAUGGUGUGGUCACAACGAUUGCGAAUUCCGAUAAGUUGUACAAGUUGAAACGCCGCAGCCGCUUGAAACCACUCGGUCUUUUUGUUAGCAACAUGCGCGAAAUUCAAAGGUUUGUUAAUUUACUAAAUUUCGUUUUCGUUGAAAGCGGCCCGAAUGCUCCGUAA